UUUUGUGACUACACAUUAUAUAAGGUCCUGGAAACAGGCAUUUGUUGUACUGGUAAUCAUUGCUUCAGCUCAGAAUGAAACGCACCAUCACUCUCUUACUGGCUUGUAUGCUGCUCUGCAUUGCCGUCUCUUGUUCAGCCGCUCUGCAGUGUUUCACCUGUAAAGAUCCGGCAGACGCCCGCUGCUUAGAACAAACCCUGGAGACCUGCAGUGAUGGACAAGUGUGUUCCACAAACUCCAGCAGCUCUCUGCAAUCCUCCGUUGAUAAUGACAGAGGACGCAUCCAUUUUAGCAUUUGGGACGUUGACAUUGAUAUCCGCUGGGGAAAAGACCGUACAGCAACCAACCCCAACGUUGUUUCAAACUCAAGUAUCAAAGAGAGGAUCGUGAAGGGAUGCAUGGAUGACCAUUUUUGUCAGUCAAGCCCCAAAAUGUCUUUUAAUAUCGGUUUCCAUCAAUUCACUUCUUCGUGCUGCAACUCAUCUGGCUGCAACAGUGACACUUUCUCUGACGACCCCCACAAUGGACUUGAGUGUUUUUCUUGCACUGAUCCAGAAGAUGAGGUUUGUAAUCAGGCUGUGAUCUGCCAGAGUGUUCAGGAUCACUGUCUUAAUGACACAGUGACAGCAAGUAAUGGUCGGUCUGUGACUCUUCGAGGCUGUGUCUCCAGGAGUAUGUGUGGUUCCGGUUCUGGUUCUGACUCUGGUUCUGUGUCCUGCUGUGAGGGAAGUCUCUGCAACAGAAACAGGGCUAUGAAUUCCGCUCAGCCUGUAGCACUUACAGUCCUCGCUCUGCUAGUUGGCAUAACAACCACCACACUUCUACAAUCAGUCAAUCAAUGAAUAUCUUGAUUGGGGUUUCUUGAGGAUUUUCAUAUUUUUCUCAUGAGGAUUAGUUAUGUGGGCAUCUACUUCUGGGGUUACCACACUCUGUGUUGUCCAGAGUGUAACAACCUUGUCACUCCCUGACCCACUAAAGUACUGUGGGAUCUGUUGCUUGUUGCUCAUCAGAAGGCUGCUGAAUAUAACAAUUAUGACCAACAAAAGACUACUUGAUUGUGUUGGACAGAAACUCUUCUGAAAUGAUGCAUUUCAUUUAUUGAACUUGGAGGUUGUGUUGAGUGAUGAAAUUAUAAUAUAUAAAUAUAUAUAUAUAACAUAUUAUAUAUAUAAAUUAUGGGUAUUCUUUUCUUUUAAUCUAGCCUGUUUGAUUACUGUAAAGCUCUUGGUGGUCUAAGCCGGGCUACUGUAAAGCUCUUGGUGGUCUAAGCCGGGUUACUGUAAAGAUAUUGGUGGUCUAAGCCAGGUUACUGUAAAGCUCUUGGUGGUCUAAGCCGGGUUACUGUAAAGCUCUUUGUGGUCUAAGCCGGGUUACUGUAAAGCUCUUGGUGGUCUAAGCUGGGUUACUGUAAAGCUCUUGGUGGUCUAAGCAGGGUUACUGUAAAGCUCUUGGUGGUCUAAGCCGGGUUACUGUAAAGCUCUUUGUGGUGUAGGCCAGGUUCCUGCAAAGCUCUUUGUGGUCUAGGCCAGGUUCCUGUAAAGCUCUUUGGUCUAGGCCAGGUUCCUGCAAAGCUCUUUGGUCUAAGCCAGGUUCCUGCAAAGCUCUUAGUGGUCUAGGCCAGGCUACUGUAAAGCUCUUUGUGGUCUAGGCCAGGUUCCUGCAAAGCUCUUUGUGGUCUAGGCCAGGUUCCUGUAAAGCUCUUUGGUCUAGGCCAGGUUCCUGCAAAGCUCUUAGUGGUCUAGGCCAGGCUACUGUAAAGCUCUUUGUGGUCUAGGCCAGGCUCCUGUAAAGCUCUUUGGUCUAGGCCAGGUUCCUGCAAAGCUCUUUGUGGUGUAGGCCAGGUUACUGUAAAGCUCUUUGUGGUGUAGGCCAGGUUCCCGUAAAGCUCUUUGUCACAACUGUUGAUGUAAAAGGGACUUACAUUUUAUUGAUUGAUGAAUUAAACAAAUGUACAUCAACACUGGCAUUUAAUCAAACAUGUUAAUAAAUAAUAUUAAACAUUCA